UCUCUCUCUCUCAAGUUUAAUUUAUUUUUUUUCUCUUUCUUUUCCCCCGAUAAAUAACGACUCUCUUAAUUGAACGAAGGAAGCCCAAAGCCACAGACCAAGCAGGAUCAAAACUAUCUGUCAUCUAGAUGUACUGAAUUCAAUUGGGUCUUCUUCUAAUUUGGAGAAACUUUAUUCUUGCAAUUUAUAUUGCUCAACUUGAUGGUAUGUUCGUGCCAAACUUUUCUUAAAAGAUUAAUAGAAGAUGAAGAAUUUUAAAGAAUGGUUUUCUUACGAGAUGUUAUCUAAAUCAUUACUCUCUGCAAGGCCUUUCAGUUUCUUUUAUGACGAAUCACUUGAUGGUGAGCUCCGCAAUCAAGAUACAACAGUAACAAGCAUGUCAGUAAUAUCAACACGUACUAAUUCUAAUGAUACCCAAGGGGAAAUACUUCCAGUUCAUUCAGAGCCUAUUGCAGCUGAAAACUCUGAUCUUGCUCAAUACAACACAAUUGACAAAAACUCAGAUUUAUUAACUCGAGUCGAGGCACUCCAAAUCAAUUUCAUGCGUCUAAUUCAAAGGAUUGGGCAAUCUCCUGCUAACCCUAUAGUGUCCCAGGUCCUAUACCGACUUCAAUUGGCAAGCUUGAUACGAGCCGGUGAAGUCCAAGUUAAAAGACCUGCACUCAAACUAGAUAAAGUUCAAAGUAUAGCCUCUAAGCUCGAGGCAUCGGGUCAUUCUAAUCUUGCUCUCUCCUUCAAAAUUCUCAUCAUAGGAAAGACUGGUGUUGGCAAGAGUGCAACCAUAAACUCCAUUUUUGAUCAACUGAAGGUUCUCACUGAUGCAUUCCAACCUGCAACAAACAAGAUUCAAGAGAUUACUGGAACUAUUAAAGGAAUCAGGGUUACGGUAAUUGAUACUCCAGGCCUUUCUCCUUCCCAUCAUAGCCAACAAAGAAAUAGAAAGAUCUUGUUUCAAGUGAAAAAUUUCAUCAGAAGAUCACCCCCCGAUGCUGUACUCUAUUUAGAUCGUUUAGAUACUAUUAACCGUGGAUACAGUGACUACCGACUCCUGGAGCUUAUUACCGAUGUCUUCAGUUCUUCGAUUUGGUGCAAUGCCAUAAUUGGUAUGACCCAUAGUUCAUCAUGUCCUCCAGAAGGACCUGAUGGUUAUACUGUAAGUUACGAUUCAUAUGUUGACCAUUGCACGAACGUAUUGCAGCAUCACAUACAUCAAGCAAUACAAAGCACUCAGCUUCAGAAUCCGGUGUUUUUGGUAGAGAACCAUCCUAUGUGCAGGAAAAAUGCUAAAGGUGAGAAAAUUCUCCCCAAUGGCCAAGAUUGGAUGUCUCAGUUGCUACUAUUAUGUGCAGCUACCAAAGUAUUGGGGGAUGCAAACAAAAUACUUGGAUUUCAGGAUAAUUUCCGGGUGACAAAAGCCAGAACUAGACUUCCUUCACUUCCUCAUCUCCUCUCAUCACUUCUUCAUCCAAGAGAUUAUAUGGAAGAGGAAUCCAAUGAGCCUUUUGAUGAUAUUGAGGAUGACGAAUAUGAUCAGUUGCCACCGAUUAGGAUUCUAACAAAAGCCCAAUACCGAAAACUAUCCAAAGAGCAGAGAAAAAUUUAUCUUGAUGAACUUGAGUACCGUGAGACACUACAUCUGAAGAAACAAUGGAAUGAUGAGCUUAGAAGACGAAAAGAGAAAAAUUAUGAUGACUAUGAAGAGGACAAUUCACAAGAGUUAGUACAGUUGCCAGAUAUUGCCGUCCCUUUAAAUUUUAACCCUGAUUGCCCAAGUUACAGAUACCGAUGCUUGAUGAAUACUAGUGAUCAAUGGCUUGUGAGGCCAGUUCUCAAUUCUCAAGGCUGGGAUCAUGAUGUUGGAUUCGAUGGAAUCAGUCUUGAGACCUCACAAGACCUAAAGUCAAGUCUUAAAGCUUCAUUUAUUGGACAAAUGAGUAAAGAGAAGGAAUAUUUCAACAUUCGAUCAGAAAGCGCAGCAAAGUAUUCUGAUGAAAAGGGCAGAUCAGUGCUCACUGGAAUUGACAUCCAAGGUGCAGAGAAAAACCUGGUUUGUACUGUUCAUGGGGAUGCAAAAUUCAAGAAUUCGGGUUGCAACACAACAGGAAGUGGAAUUACACUGACUUCCUUCGGGAAAUCAUUAUUUGUAGGGGCAAAGGUUGAGGACUCUGUUUCAAUUGGAAAAAGGUUUCAAAAUAAUGGUAAAUGCUGGAAGAUUGAUGGCUAAUGGCCAAGUUGCUAAUGGAGGAAGCAUGGAGGCAAUACUGAAGGGUAGAGGCUAUCCAGUGAGGGACGAUAAGGUCAAAUUCGCUGCAUUGUUGCUUUCCUUUGAAAAGGAAGUGGUUUUCAGUGGCAAUGUGGAAUCUGACUUCCGUGUAAGCCGCCAUGGGAAAGUUUCAUU